AUGGAUGACAUCAUCAUCACGGCGGGACAAACGAUAUUCCCUUAUGUUCCGUUUCCUCAAGUCAAGCCCAAGCGAGUCGGCGACCCUCUUCAGCCCUCUUCGCAUUCGCAGAGCUCGCAAGCUCGACUGACGAGUGCGACUAGGGCCCCCCUGUGGAACACAAUAACCAGAAUGUAG